CAGCCUUGGAAGUGCUGUUUCCACGCCGCAGAAGAUGAAGACGACCUUCACACACACAGCCUGAGACCCUUGAAUCGACCGACGUAAGCGCCAGACCACGAGCUUGCAGUCCCAGAAAUACCCAUGACAGCGCAUCACGCCAACCAUGCUUGACGUUUUCCCGAAAAGCUGCCGUGGCCGAGCUCUGGGCACCUCACUCUCAAGCCAACGUCAGGUCGAAUGAACUUGUGAGCCAUCGUAACAAUUGCUGACCACACCGUUGCCCACCAUGGCCGGCGAUGACCACUCCUACCAUCCGAAGGAUACCAUCAAGUCCACGAUCAACAAUGCCCUGACGUUCGGCGGAUUGGGUACCUUCAUUGCGGCCGCUCAGAAUACCCUCACGAAGCAGAACGUCGGCGCGUUAGGCACUUUCAGAGUAUAUGGCGGAACGAUUGGCACCUUCACUGCUGCCGGAGCGUUCUACGCAUUCACCCAUGCAUCAACCGCGAACCUACGAGAAAAGGACGACAGCUGGAGCAAAGCAGUCGGUGGAUUCUUUGCCGGCUCAGUGCUCGGGCUGAGAAACCGAAGCUUGCCACACACCCUUGGAUACGGGUCUGGGCUGGCAGUCAUCCUGGCAGUCUUCGAUUACACCGGCGGCAGCCUGCGGGGAUGGAAGAAGGAUGAGACUGAGGACGAAGUGUCGAGGAAGGAAGAGUUGAGAAAGACCAGACGGAAACCGAUCGAACAGACCCUUGCCGAGCUUGGAGAAGGACGAGGUAUAUACCCAGAAGGCUACGAUCAACGACGCCGAGAACGACUAAAGGAGAAGUACGGGCUGGAUCUGGAAGGCGUGCCAUCCGCCCAUUCACGGUAAAUAGAGAAGACUACACUUUCUUUUUGUCAAAAGCAAAUUCCAGAUCCUCCACGUCAAGAGAGAGUGACUGCCUGUAAUUAUAUAGACAGAACAGUGCUGAGAAUUGUAAGCAUGCCUGUAUACGCCCUGUUCUGUGUGUCGCGCCCGUAUCACUCGAUCAGCAAUUUACAAGAUCAAAAUAUAUGAUAAAAUGUGCUCGCUCGAUCACCAGGAGAAGCCAG